AUUGCACUGCUGCAACUCGACAAAACUUAAGUGUGAUAGAAAGUUCUCACAUAGUGGUGUAGUAGUUAUCACGUUUUAACAUGAUACAGCAAGGUGCUAUGAGUUUACGUCUGUUCACCAAGAUGAUGUGUUAUUUUAUAUAAAACAAUAGGGAGAGAAAAUAGGAUCAUAUUUAUUCAAGAAAGCCUUCAAUCGUAAAUAAUAACAAACUUGGUGAGAGAAAUAAAGAGAGAAUGAUAAUGAUAGACUUUGCGGAACAACUGUAUGCUUAUCACUUCUAUAUAUUCCGUCUUUAUUUUGUGUUUCUUUCAUGCUACGGGACUAACUACUACGCAGUUUGGGGAAAAUUCAGACUCAAACUACAGUAGGUGGCGCUAUAAGUCCUUAACUCGUUGGAAGUUGUGCGGAAGCCGACGCGAAGAAGAAGAAAAACAAGAAGCAUGGCUGCAGACAUGAGACUACCGACGCUCCGUACAACAGCGUUAUCAGGUUCUGCUUCGAACCGAAGAGAUCUGGUCGUCCCUGGAGAUGUUAUCACUUCAGACACCGGUUUCAUGAGGGGUCAUGGUACCUAUGUUGAUGACGAGAAGCUGACAGCCUCAGUUGCUGGAGAGGUGCAGAGGGUAGACAAACUCAUCUGCGUCCGGCCACUGAAGACCAGAUUUAAUGGCGAGGUUGGAGAUGUUGUGGUUGGGCGAAUUACAGAGGUACAACAGAAGCGGUGGAAGGUGGAGACCAACUCCCGGCUGGACUCUGUCCUCUUGUUGUCCUCUGUCAAUCUGCCUGGAGGUGAACUGAGGAGAAGAUCAGCAGAAGAUGAACUCACCAUGAGAGAAUACCUUCAUGAGGGCGAUCUCAUCAGUGCUGAGGUACAGUCAGUCUUCUCAGACGGAGCCCUCUCACUUCACACCCGCAGUUUAAAGUAUGGAAAACUGGGUCAAGGAGUGCUGGUGCAGCUUUCCCCUUCGCUGAUCAAGAGGCAGAAAACACAUUUCCACAACUUGCCGUGUGGUGCAUCCAUUAUCCUUGGGAAUAAUGGCUUUGUGUGGUUGUAUCCCACACCGGGGCAACAGGAGGAAGAAGCUGGGGGCUUCUACACCAGUCUGGAGCCUGUUAACCUGUCUGAUCGUGAGGUGAUUUCACGCCUGAGAAACUGCCUCCUGGCUUUGGCCGCACACAAGGUCCUGCUGUACGACACCAGUGUCCUCUAUUGCUACGAAUCCUCACUUCAGCACGAGGUCAAGGACAUCUUGAAACCCGAGGUGAUGGAGGAGAUUGUAAUGUUGACGCAACAGAAGCUGCUGGAACAGGAAGGUUAAAGGGCUCGAGCCUGAGCAUCGACCACCUGUCCGAAGACUGAAAUGGCGUUCCAUCGAAGAUGCGUCCCUGUCUGCUGCACAGCUGAAGAGUUUAGAGGCGGUUUUCUUUAAACCUGAUCAACAUUGUUUGACUGCUAGCGUUUUUUUUUUUGUUUUGUUUUGUUUUGUUUUUUAAUCUGCCACAGUCCGAAUUCAAUAUUUUACUGCGGUUUAGUGGAACAUGUUUGAUAACCUGUGAUGUUAUACAAAAAAAAAAAAAUGUAUGCAAUAAAUUUUCUGUAAUUUUGUUACAUUUUCACUACCUCACUUGUGUGGUCUGUAUUUCUGAAAAAGGUGAUGAAAGUUUAUAGAAGAGGUCACCAGUCAUCCUGGGCAUGGUGUGUCAAAAAUAAAGCUGAAACGAAGGAAACUGGACAUUCUUGAGAAAAUGUUUCACUACCAAUCCAAGUGAGGAGUUUUUAUUUUUUAUUUUUUUGGAACAUCUGUAAUCGGUCCACACUUGAACCCUUAUAUGACUAAACUUCAUGACACAGUCUUCACCUCCAAUUGGAGGACGUUGUUCAGAUGAACCUGUGAGGUAUCUUCUUUUUCACAUUUAGUGGUUCUCUUGUGACCCACCAAAAUCUAAACUUUUUGGGACUGUUGUUAAUUUUCCAAUACCACAUAGAUGGGUUCCUUUGCUCCUCUUUCAAACCGCCUGGCUUGUCUGAUGUUUCCUAAGGGGUGUCCCUUGUACUCCAGUUGCAGGUGGGCAGCUAAGACAUGCAUUUGUUAUGGUAGUUGUUUUAUGAACCCGCUGUACAGGUCUCUGGAUUCUUAACUGAACUGCAUAAAUGACAUUGUUCUUGUUCAGUGUUUUUGGGCAUGAAGUCUACAGUUGUAAUAGUAAUAAAGAUACAUAAAUGACAGCAAUUUACUAUUAAACGUUGAAUAAACCACCUUUUUUUUCAGA